GAGCGUCAGUUUGCAGACUGGACGUCUUGCACAGGUCUUUUGUUUUCUCCAUCUCUGCAGCAUCAAGGACGGAGAUCUCAAGGCGACAGGAGGAUCCAUGAAAAACGCUUUGAAUAGGAUACCGCUUCAGUAUCACGGUUGUGUGGGGGUUCAGCCAUGGAUGCUGGGAGGCUGGAGCAGCAGGUGGCCAGUGUGGAGAGAGGCAUCGCCUUCCUGAAGCAGGAGCACCUGGCCAUGCUGGCCGGUCUGCAGCUGGAGAUCACACACCUGAAGAGGCGCUGUCAUGAGCUAAGCUGUGAGCUGGACUCCAGGUUUCCUGACAGAAACACAGCAGAGGAGGAAGCGGAGCUGGCAGCACGUUGUGAGGCUGCAGAGCGUCUCCUAGAGGACCAGCAGUGCAUGAUGGUCGCUGUGCGUGGGGAGCUGCGGGCCGGCCGGGCACGAACAUCUGCACUUGGUAGGAGCCUCAGGGAAGAAGAGCGGCAUUUCCUGGAGGAACUGAAACGCCGCAGCCACAAGAUCACGCUGCUGAGUCGUGAGCUGCAACGCCAAAAUGUCACCACCACCACCCUCUGCCACGAGCUCCACACUGCACGCUUAAAACUGUUCCAGCAGCGACAGAGCACUGAGUCUGCUGCAGAGAGAGAAGAGGGACCCAUGACAGGACAGGAUGAAGAAGAGGAAGAGGAGGAUGAAGAUGAGGAGGUUGAAGAUGAUGAAGGAGAGGGCUCAGACUGGCUUCUGUCACCACCUCCUCCAGCCUCUCCCAGCCAGUCGGAGACGAGACACAGGAGGCGUGUCACCAUGAGGGAGGAGAGGGUCAGAGCUUGCGUCCCACAGGAGAGAGUGACGGCACCUCAGAGGCCACACCCCAUGCCCGACCCCGCCCUCUUCUUGGUGCCACUCAGGUACCGCCUCCUUCGCUUGAACCAACCAAUCAGAACACAGGAUGGAGAGGGGAUGGAGGACGAAUGGGAGGAUAUAGAGGACAGCAGGUUACACAGGAGGGUGGACAUGGGAGCAGGAGAGGGAGAAACUGCUCUGUGAUGAAGACGGAGAGGUGGCGUUGUCUUCCAGCAGGUCUCAGCCAACAUCAAUCAACAUCUGAUGCAUUUAUUCUGGAAAAAGCUUGAGAUGAGAGAGAUGUGCGCUUGCGAUUGUCUGUAGAUUUCAGGAAGCGAGUUAGAUAUUUAGAGUUAGCUGCACGAGAGUGUGUGAUCGAACCUACACGUAGACACGUAUUAAGAGAAAAUGUCACAUGGAUGGAACAACAUGCUACUUCGAAAAUGUGAAGAACUGGGUAGGGGAAAAAAGACUGAGUAGUGGUACUGUUUCAUAUGGAUGCCUUUUGAUUUUAACACUGUUGAUCACAGCUUUUGCCUGUAAUUAGUAGCCUUGCCUCUGGGUCUGUGAACCGUCCUGUUCAAAGUGGCAACCUGCUUUUUCACUGCAGCAGCCAUAUUCCAGGUUCAGUAAGUCACUCUAGAAGGCUUAGGGACAUUUUGUAUGAUUUGCACUUUAUUAAAUUCAUGCAAUGUGCCUAGUAAUGGCAGAACAGUAUUUCGAUUGUCAUGUUGUCUGUUUUUUUAAUAGGUCUUUUUCACAGCUGACAUUUUGACUUGUCAUAGUUGAGAAAGCACAGG